ACACACACACACACACACAGCCAUAGACCCCGCCCUCUGUGACGUCAUCAGCCCAUCAUGUCUGUCCCCCAGUCAGCUUGCUUUAUGCUUUAGCUUCCACACCAACAAAGUGUUACAUUCCCAGGACAUUAAACUUACUUUUUUUUAACCUUUUGCCCAUUCCUCGGCGCAAAGAAACAUUUAAGGACCGCUUGAACAUUCCUACUUCCUGCUUCUUUUUUUUUUUUACAACGAGACUUCGGAGGGAGACUUUUUUUUUUUUUCCCCAAACUUUUUUUGUAUUUCUUGCCCAUUAAGUUAGAGUUGAGCUCGUACUUAGAAUGGCAAGUUUGAACUCUCUGGACGCCGUCAAGAGGAAAAUUCAGACUUUGCAGCAGCAGGCGGACGAGGCCGAGGUGCGCGCGCAGCUCCUGCAGCGAGACCUGGACAGCGAGCGAGAGCUCCGCGAGAAAGCAGAGGGUGAUGUUGCAGCUUUGAACCGUCGCAUCCAGCUGGUGGAGGAGGAGCUGGACCGGGCCCAGGAGAGGCUGGCCACCGCGCUGCAGAAACUGGAGGAGGCCGAGAAGGCCGCAGACGAGAGCGAGAGAGGAAUGAAGGUGAUCGAAACCCGAGCCAUGAAGGACGAGGAGAAGAUGGAGAUUCAGGAGAUGCAGCUGAAGGAGGCCAAGCACAUCGCAGAAGAGGCCGACCGCAAAUAUGAAGAGGUGGCUCGCAAGCUGGUGAUCCUGGAGUUAGACUUGGAGAGAGCCGAGGAGCGAGCCGAGCUGUCAGAAUGUAAAGCCGGUGACUUGGAGGAGGAGCUGAAAAAUGUGACCAACAACCUGAAGUCCUUAGAAGCCCAAUCUGAAAAGUACUCUGAAAAAGAGGACAAGUACGAGGAGGAGAUCAAAGUUCUGACUGACAAGCUGAAGGAGGCUGAAACCCGUGCAGAGUUUGCAGAGAGGUCCGUUGCCAAACUGGAAAAGUCCAUCGAUGACCUGGAAGAGAAAUUGUCACACGCCAAAGAGGAGAACGUGGGUAUGCAUCAAGUCCUGGACCAGACCCUGCAGGAACUGAACAGCUUAUAAACACACACACAAAAGAUGAGAUGUAACUUUCCAUUUAAGUUCCACUCCAUUCCCAGAAGUAGAAUCCUUUUUGGGGGGAAACAGGGUUUAAAUGAAUGUCCCCUGAUGGUCUUUUAUCUUUUUAAAUGAGUCUAUUUUAUUUUGAAAAACCGGAGGUCAAAACACAUUCAAUGUGUCCCCAUAAUGAAGCAUUUAAACAGAAACAUCACGCAAAUAAAGAUAAGGAGAUUUAAGUCCUGCAGCGCCUCCCAGUGGUGACAGACGAAUACUGCGCAUGCGUCUGUUCACACAGCAGCAACAAUCCCCAAGUCUUUUGAUUGAUUGAUUGAUUGAUUGAUUGAUUGAUUGAUUGAUCCUGGUACAAUACAAGAAAUAAAGUAUUUGUAUUUUAUACAAGUUAGCUUAUUUGACAAACUUUUUUUUAAUUGCUACAAUUUAUUCUUUUUGAAUGACUUUGUUAUAAUGUGAGCAUUCCCCAAAUAAGUGGAAUGAAGCUUACUUCAUGUAUAUGAAGCUUACUUCAUGUAUAUGAAGCUUACUUCAUGUAUAUGAAGCUUACUUCAUGUAUAUGAAGCUUACUUCAUGUAUAUGAAGCUUACUUCAUGUAUAUAUCACAAGAAUGUUGCUUUUCAUGACUUUGUCGUGCCAGGAAGACUUUCAACACCUGACUUUGAUGUCACCUCAUGCCAACGCCAUUAUUACGAUCAAUUGUUCUUCAUAAAUGUUUGACGGAAUUUGGACCUUUGAUUGUUCAUUUGAUGUUGGCUUAAGCAUGUUGUCAACAAUUGCAUGGACACUACUUUCCUGCACAAUUAUGGACAUUUGUGUUGUGUCAUUUCUGGAAGAUAUAAAAACAUCAUAAUUAUUGAUAUGCUGUAUGUCAAUAAAAAUGUUGGUUAGUAAUAUUUGAUGGAGCUAAAAGAAAAAUGGAGCUAAUUUGAAUGUCAUCUCAUUAUUCCGAUAAAGUACUUCAAUGUCACCGAAUAAAUGUUUUACAGAAA